AGAAACAACGAUUGAUCGCUAUAGAAACAUAACAGAAAAAUCAAAGAGAGAAAAAAGAACAAGAAAAAUGUAUGUGACAAGACCAAUAUCUAUGUACAAGAGUAACCCUGGUGCUCUUUCAGAACCUCCAUUUGGACCAAAUUCAGGUUAUCUUGUAAUCUGGGAUCUACCCCCUACUUACACUUGUUUUGGUUUGUGUGAGGACCCAAGAAUCAAGCAUCUUCCUUUUCCUCAGGACAAGAACUUGACCACCACAUACACAACAAGUUCAGGUGAAAGCACUGAUACUCACAGGGACAAGGUCUUGUUUAUCCCAGUAUUGAAUCAGCCACUUUCUUCAAACUGCUACUACGUCAUAAGAAGGCAGGGCAAACAUCAAGGCCAAGCGAGUACAAGUUCAAAGGAAGAGGACAAGACCACUUGUUUAUGCUGCAGCUUUGUGAAAGAUGUUAAACCAAGAGCUUUGGCUCCCUCUGAUGAUUAUCAGCAAGUUGAAAUAAUCAAGAAGAGACAUGGUUUUCAGGCAAAGUCUGUUGCCCCAGAUGGAAUUCCACCUCGCUUCUUGAGGACAAAAGGUUGGAAUGUUGAGGCUAGAACUCCCCGCAAUUACCAGUUGCAUGAAGCUUUAGGACCCAAUGAUUCCUUGCGUUCCAAGCUUCCACAUUUCAACUUCUCAGUGUCCAAUGGUAGUUCUGAAUCAGUGGAAGUUGGAAAGUGGUACUGCCCUUUCAUGUUUUUGAAGGAAGGAAUGGGGCUAAAGGAGCAGAUGAAAAUGUCAAUGUUCUAUGAGGUCACACUUGUGCAAAGAUGGGAGAAGAUAUUUUCAAAGGAAAAUGAAAACAGUGGAGAAGAUACUGUGCUUGUAGAUGUUGCUAUCCAAACUGAAGUGGUGAAGGUUGCAGGAAGAGAUGCUGUUUGGGAUGAAAAUGGUGUGGUUGAAGGGAUAUUAUGGUUUAGGAGUUUUGGUGACGAUGGAAGAGAGAUGAGGGUUGGAUUGAGUUUGGAAGUGGUUGGGAGAAUGAAAUGGGAGCAAGAGAGAGUUGGAUGGAAAGCAAGUGAUGGAAGGCAAGAGAGUGUGGUGAGAGUAGAGGAGUUUAGAGGAACUAACAAGUGGGAGAGAUUUGGUUGCUAUGUGCUUGUAGAGAGUUUUGUAUUUAGGAGAAUGGAUAGAGGUUUGGUGCUAACUUAUGAUUUCAAGCACACACAUCAAAUUAUGUGCAAAUGGGAAUGAAGGUUAUUGCAAUCUAGUUAUUAUCUGAAACCUAAAACACUGUUUGUUUUGGGAUGCAGAGUUGAAACAGGGGAAGUAGUUCACAUUGAGAUUUAGUAGUUUGAAAUUGCUAUUUGGUAAACCUCAAUUACUAAAACCUUUCCAUAUGUUUGAAUGUAUCUUUAUAUAUUUUUUCGGAGCAAGUAUAAACAAAGGAGAUACUUUGUGUAUAGAAGGGAAUGUAAGACCUAAGAAGUUUAUACGUAGUGUAUAAUAAUGUAUAUGUAAAGAUUAUAUUGUUCCACUUUAAUUAGUUUUUUUUAUCAAGUGUAAUCAACUUAUUUAUGACUGUGAAUGUUAUUAUUUUCGU